AUGGUGGAACGAAUAUUAGCCACAAAAGAGUUCCUAUCGCCCGUUCUCCUCAGCCUGUCAAGAGCACCUGAUCCACUGACCGCAGACGACAUUGAAUUGUUGGAAGACAUUCAAACCAUUCUGGCACCAUUCGACUACGUCACAACACAGUGCUCGUCCAGCUCAAAGGUGACUAGUUCCUUAAUUGUUCCUCUGACGAAUGGCCUGGUUGAGGGCCUAAAUGAUCAGUUUGGCAGGCUAAAGACAGUGGAUGGACAGCAAGCUUGCCGGUUCUUGCAGGAUAGAGCACGGAUAAGGCUUUUUCCUUUUGAAGAAAGGUCCACAGCUAGACUGGCCACCAUAAUGGAUCCGCGAUUUAAAAAAGAAGGUUUUCGAUCACCGUUUAAUGCUGAACAAGCCGCCGUUUUGCUAGAGCGCUCCUUAUCGACAAACACGAUUGCUGGUGCUGAUGCUGAGGAAGGGGAUUCUCAGGAAACCGCUGUAGAACCACCAGUUACACCAAACGCUGCAGAGCCUCUUCUAAAGUUUCUGUCCUCAAACAUAGAGAAAAAAAAAAGGACCAAGAAAGUGGACGUAAUAUUAGUUAUGAGGCAUUAUUUCGAAGGAAUAAACUCUGAUAUUUCCAGCAAUCCACUUGAGUAUUGGAGAAGCAAUGAAAGUGACCAGCCAGCUUUGGCGAAGUUGGCCAAAAAAGCUUUGUGUGUCCCAGCAACUUCAACGGAGUCUGAGAGGAUGUUUUCGAAGGCAGGCCAAAUAAUUUCCGAGCGCAGGUCAUCACUAAAGCCAAACAUAGUUGACCAGCUCCUGUUCAUCAAUAAAAAUUGGUGGAUUACGGAAUCUAAUAUAUAA